GUGAUUGGAGGUCCCGGGUCCAACAUGGCGGCCUCCAUGGGUCGCUGGCUUGUCUUCCUCUUUGCGCUGCUCGGCUUCCUCCGGGAGGCGACCAGCAGCCUCGGCUCGGGGGCCUCCCGCGACGAUGACUUGCUGCUGCCCUACUCCCACGCGCGCGCGCGCUUCGCCCGGGACUGCACGAGGGUGCGCGCCGGCAGCCGCGAGCACGAGAGCUGGCCACCUACCCCGGCGACCCCCAGCCCCCGCGGUCUGGCGGUGCGCACAUUCGUUUCACACUUCUCGGACCGCGCGGUGGCUGGCCAUCUGACGCGGGCAGCGGAGCCCCUGCGUACCUUCUCGGUGCUGGAGCCCGGUGGGUCCGGCGGCUGCGCUUCGAGGCGCCGCGCCACCGUGGAGGAGACGGCGAGGGCGGCUGGCUGCAGCGUCGCCCAGAACGGCGGCUUCUUCCGCAUGGACACGGGCGAGUGCCUGGGGAACGUGGUGAGCGACGGGCGCCCGGUGAGCAGCGCCGGGGGGCUGCAGAACGCGCAGUUCGGGAUCCGCCGCGACGGGACCCUGGUCACCGGGUACCUGUCUGAAGAGGAGGUGCUGGACACUAAGAACCCAUUUGUGCAACUGCUGAGUGGGGUCGUGUGGCUGAUCCGCAAUGGAAGUGUCUACAUCAACGAGAGCCAGGCGGCCGAGUGUGAUGAGACACAGGAGACAGGUUCUUUUAGCAAAUUUGUGAAUGUGAUGUCAGCCAGGACAGCAGUGGGACAUGACCGGAAGGGGCAGCUGGUGUUCUUCCACGCAGAUGGGCAGACGGAGCAGCGGGGCAUUAACCUGUGGGAGAUGGCAGAGUUUUUGCUGAAACAGGAUGUGGUCAACGCCAUCAACCUCGAUGGAGGGGGCUCCGCUACCUUCGUGCUCAAUGGGACCUUGGCCAGUUACCCAUCAGAUCACUGCCAGGACAACAUGUGGCGCUGUCCGCGCCGCGUGUCUACUGUGGUGUGUUUGCACGAGCCCCGCUGCCAGCCGCCUGACUGCAGCGGCCAUGGGACCUGUGUGGAGGGGCGCUGCCAGUGCACAGGGCACUUCUGGCAGGGCGCUGCCUGCAACAAGCUGGACUGUGGCCCCUCCAACUGCAGCCAGCACGGGCUUUGCACAGAGACUGGCUGCCGCUGUGAAGCUGGAUGGACGGGGUCCAACUGCAGUGAAGCCUGCAGCAACGGCUCCUUCGGGGAGGACUGCGCCAUGAGGUGCCAGUGUCAGAAUGGAGCUGCCUGUGACCCAGUUGGGGGGACAUGCACCUGCCCUCCUGGCUUCACUGGACAUACCUGUGAGCAGGAGUGUCCCCUCGGCUGGCACGGGCCAGGCUGCCAGAGGCGUUGCGAAUGUGAGCACCAGUGUCCGUGUGACCCCCAGACCGGCAGCUGUAGCCUGGCCCAGGCGCCAGCCCUUAACAGCAUCCUCUCCCAAGUGAAGCAGUGUUUCCGGCCAUCCGAGGCCACCCUGAGGACAGGAGAACUCUCCCUUCUCACCGGGACCACCUGGCUGGCCCUCACCUUGGCCCUAGUUUUCCUUCUGCUGAUCAGCACGGUGGUGAACGUGUCCUUGCUCCUUGGUUCAAGAGCAGAGCGGAGCAGGCAUCUGGAUGGGGCCUAUGUUUACCACCCACUGCAGGAGAUGAAUGGGGAGCUCCUGGCCGGGGAAAAGGAACAGCAGGGUGAUGCCCACAACCCCUUCAAGGACUGAAGCCUCCAGCUUCCCGUCAAAGCCUGCUCUGAAGGCUCAUUUUGUUACGGUCUGACUGCCACAAGGGACGUUUCAGGACCGCUGACCAUCUGGGUGAUCUCAGCCCUGGUGCCAAGCCAAGCUUCUGAUAGCACCUGUGCCUCAGCCCCUCAUCUGGCCCUGGGCUCUCACCUGGUCACCUGCUGUGACCCAUGCAACCCUAGCAAUACAGUGCUCCCUGGAGAGAGACUGCUCCUUCCCUGCCUGCCUGUGUCUGCUGCCUGUGAGGGCUGCUCUGCUGCCCAAGAGCCUCCGGCCUCCUGAAGCAGGAGCUGUUAGCGAUGGAACUCGCCAUGACCGCACCAUGUCCAAGUGGCAGGGUCCAGCCAGCCCCCCUGGGCAGGGGUGGACUAAAGAGACGAUGGCUACGUCACAGGAUCCUUUUCCACAGACCUCAUCAUGGAAUUUGCCAAUUAGAAUUCUGUUUCCUAUCAUAGGAAGCUCCUUGGAGGGGACAGGGGAUGAAAUCAUGUUUACAAGCUUUCUAUUUUGGCAUCCAGCCGCCAAGACAGUUUUUCUACCACUUGAAUAAAUUGAUGUAAUUAAAGGAUCCCCGGGGUGGCAUCUGAAUCCUGAA